GCGAUCUUUAGGAGCCCACUUCUAAAUUCAAAUCAUUUGGGUUUCAGUAAGUCUCCUGACAGACGGGGACUUAAUGACUUCCAUCAGCAGCCUCAACGUUUGCAGAACACGGACUACCGGGCCAGACACGUAGGCACUCCAAUGCGGUUCAGCCGUUUGAGCUCCAGGGACCAAAAUGACUUUCCCACCUCCCAGCUUUACUAAAGAGCAAACCCGCCUCCAAGCCUCAGCCACUGCGCGGUGCAGGAAGAGGCAGAGCUGGGCAUGCGCAGCUUCCGUCCCCGCCACAGUCGUGGGAGUGGGCGGGCUCGAGGGCUGGGAGGAAGCGGAAAGCUGACCCGGAGGAGAAAGAAUCCCGCCCCCGGAAGUUCUGCUUGUCUCCACAGCUUGUUCCCGGAACUGCUGCUACUAGUCGAGGACGCGAUGGCUUCAAGGUUACUUCGCGGAGCUGGAGCGCUGGCCGCGCAGGCCCUGAGGGCUCGCGGCCCCAGUGGCGUGGCCGCGGUGCGCUCCAUGGCAUCUGCAGGUGGUGUUCCCACCGAUGACGAGCAGGCGACUGGGUUGGAGAGGGAGAUCAUGCUGGCUGCAAGGAAGGGACUGGACCCAUACAAUGUACUGGCCCCAAAGGGAGCUUCAGGCACCAAGGAAGACCCUAAUUUAGUCCCCUCCAUCACCAACAAGAGAAUAGUGGGCUGCAUCUGUGAAGAGGACAAUACCAGCGUCGUCUGGUUUUGGCUGCAUGAAGGCGAGGCCCAGCGAUGCCCCCGCUGUGGAGCCCAUUACAGGCUGGUGCCCCACCAGCUGGCACACUGAGCGCCUGCACUAAGUUACUCAAAAUGUGCUGUAAAGUUUCUUCUUUCCAGUAAAGACUAGCUGUUGCAUUGGCUCCUUCUCCCAUA